AUGGACCAGGUGUGGAGGCCCCGCCCACGGCGGUUGCCAUGGAGACAGGGUGUUUGUUUCAAACACACCCCCGACCCCACCCCCGCCACCACAACCCCCAGUGGCGGGCAGUGUUUGAAGUGUGAGUGGGCGGACUCCUCAAGUAACAAGACCCAGACAUCAGACACCUCUCCACCUCCCUCUGUCCCUGACCAAGGCAGGCUGGCUGGCAGCCCCACCCACCCCUCCGCCCUGUCGGGCAUGGCCCAGAUCACCCCCUCCCUCUUCCUGAGCAAUGGAACGGUGGCCUCGGACCGGCAGGCUCUCCGCGCCCGGGGCAUCACCUGCGUGGUCAACGCCACCCUGGAGCUGGGCGCCCCUCGCUGGCCGGACAUGGAGUACCUGAGGGUGCCCCUUCCCGACCUGCCACACGCCCCCCUCUCCCUCUACUUUGACACGGUGGCUGACAGGAUCCAGCAGGUGUCCCGCUUGGGGGGCAGGACCCUGGUGCACUGCGUGGCGGGGGUCAGCCGCUCCCCCACCCUCUGCCUCGCUUACCUGAUGAAGCACCACGGCCAGAGCCUGCGGGAGGCUCACAACUGGGUCCGCUCCCGGCGCCCCCUCAUCCGCCCCAACUCUGGCUUCUGGCGUCAGCUGAUCGACUACGAGAGGCGGCUCUUCAGCAGGAACAGCGUCCGCAUGGUGCCCACCCCGCUGGGCCUGCUCCCCGAUAUCUACGUGCAGGAGGUGCGGGGGCUGGUGCCCCACUGGGCCUUCAGAUGA